AUGCCAUCAAUUGAUAACGAGUUACGAUUUCCCGACAGUACCCAGCCUCACGCCAUUGCAAAAUGGUUCCAUGACCCAGAAAACGUCGGCGGAUUCAUUUUCCUCUGUUUUGUCGUUACUCUCGUCCUAAUCGCUGUCGUAUCCUUCAUUUUCGGAAUAUACUACUUCUUCAACCCAUAUACACCACCACCUACGCCAAAAUCUCUUUGGAUCUCAAUUGCCGAUUACCAGGAUAAAUUGACUCCCGAACAGCAGGACCAAUACAUCCAACAAGCCUGUGAUCUGUACGAGAAAGAAAUGAAACUGCAUAGACUACAAAAACAUGAACAAGAGUCAGGUGUGAUGUUCCCAAACCCCAUAGACAAACAUAAGAGUUUGUUGUCUACCGUUAAACAUUUUUUCUACCCUCGUCAUGUCAUCCCACUAGAAAAGAUUCACAGAGACGAGUCCCCAUGCUAUUUUUUUGCUGAUGACGAAGCCUCUGUAGAGCAAGUCGAAAAAGAAGCCAAUCGUGCAUGUUCCCCGCAUAACAUGGUUUAA